AUGCGAAACUCUCCGUAUCAUGCGAUAGCAAAGUGGCUAGCAGAGAAACUCAAGCCUGUACAGCGUCAGCUAGCAACACGCAGCUACAGAGAUACCUUUGAAUUCAUUGACGACAUCAAAGACCUUAACGUCAACGGCAUGGUGAUGUUCUCGCUAGACGUCUCAUCACUUUUUACAAACAUUCCGGUCACCGAGACAGUUGGCUACCUCUGUGAUUUUCUAUCUGCCAGCCAGCAGGAAAUAGGGAUUCCGACGAAUACACUCAAGGAACUAUUACUAAGAUGCACAUUAAAUGUGCAGUUCCUGUUGGACAACCAACUCUAUAGACAAGUAGACGGCGUUGCUAUGGGCUCACCCCUUGGACCUCUCCUAGCAGGUGUCUUCAUGGGAAAAUUGGAGAGAUUCCAACUAAGCGAACAGAUCGAUAAGCUUAAACAUUACGGUCGCUAUGUUGACGAUAUCUUUGCCAUUGCCACUGCAGAAACCGAUGUGGCAACCCUCUUAGAUGCGGCAAAUCAGGCACAUCCGCCGAUCAAAUUCACGCUGGAGAUGGAAACGGCCGGUUCGCUCCCUUUCUUAGAUGUUCUUCUAAGCAGGAGACCUGACGGGAGUGUCCGAAGAAGCGUCUAUCGGAAGAAAACCUGGUCUGGACAAUACACGAACUUCGCCAGUUUCGUACCCCUCCAACAAAAACGAAAUCUCGUCCGAUGUUUGGCACAAAAGGCUAGAAAAAUUUGCUCAACAGAUAGCAUCGAGGAGGAGCUCAGAAAAAUCCAGAACUUCCUUCGCGAAAACGGAUAUCCUGAAAGGUUUAUUGAAAAGAAUAUUGCUGAACGACCGAUCAAACCCGCCACACCGACCGCCGAAAAGAAGACUUUGUUCCUCAAGGUCCCUUUUCAAGGGGACGCCGCGAGUGAACUCCUAAAGAGACGCCUUGAUCAAGCUGUCUCGCGAACCUUCCCAGCAGCAAGGGUUCAAAUAGCAUUCUCCACUAACCCGAUUUUACGUGGAGAAGGGAAGGAUAAGUUGCCUGGGUUUUCUGGCACCUACAGGAAAGACGCAUACUUCUGA